GAUGAAGAAGGAAUCGUAACGUAGAUCUCGCAUUAAUGCCAUUUUUUGAGAACUCUGCUCGGUGACGGGCUCUCUGAGGUGUAAAAUUGCAAGUUUUUUCCACUUUGCACUGAUCCAACGGUUCUUCUUCGGUCACUGGAUUUCUCCGAUAAGUUUGAAACUUCGCGGGUCCCCGUUUAGAUUUAAUACGAUAGUCCCAUCACCAUUAGGAACAAUCUGUGUGGCUUCAAUGUCGUUAAAAAGUAUUGUUCGUGAGCUGAAAGAGAUGAGAGAUGGGAUAGGGAACAUGUCGUGGAGAGGGGUAGAAGGGAAGCAUGUGCACAGCCGCACCAGAUCGCAUAUCAGCUCCGAUGUGUCUAGGUUUCCUGCUGGAUCCCUACAGAGCCGUUGGGCGAAUCUGCCGCCGGAGCUGCUUCUAGAUGUUAUCCAGAGGUUGGAAACGAGCGAGACGACAUGGCCUGCACGGAGGCAUGUGGUUGCUUGUGCCUCUGUUUGCAGGUCAUGGAGAGAGAUUACAAAAGAGGUUGUGAAGAACCCAGAAAAAAGUGGGAGGCUCACAUUCCCUAUAUCAUUGAAACAGCCGGGCCCGCGUGAUUCUCCCAUACAAUGCUUUAUAAGGAGGGAGAGAGCAACUUCUACUUAUCGACUGUAUCUUGGUCUAACCCCUGCUCUGUUGGGUGAGAAUGGGAAAUUGUUGUUUGCAGCAAGAAAGAUCAGAAGGGCAACUAGUACAGAUUUUGUGAUAUCCUUGGAUGCUAAUGAUUUCUCCCGUGUAAGCAAUACAUAUGUCGGAAAAAUGAGGUCAAAUUUUCUAGGGACCAAGUUCACCAUUUAUGAUAGCCAGCCUCCAUAUGACACUGCAGUCCAGUCAAAUAGUCGGUCCAAUCGAAGAAUUCAUGCUAAGAAGGUGUCACCAAGGGUCCCUGCUGGUAAUUACAAUGUUGCCACAGUCUCCUAUGAGCUUAAUGUUCUUCGUACUAGAGGCCCAAGGAGAAUGAAAUGCACCAUGCAUUUCAUCCCUGUCUCUGCAAUUCAAGAAGGGGGAUCUGCUCCAACACCAACUGAAUUCUCACACUCCCUUGAGGAGCAAUUUUCUUUCUUAUCAGUUUCUAAACCCAAGAAUCUAGUUGCGGAUAUCAGCUCCAGUAGCCUCUCAGAGCGACCAGCUUUAGUCCAUGGAACCGGGGAGCCGCUGGUUCUAAAGAACAAAGCACCUAGAUGGCAUGAGCAGCUGCAAUGCUGGUGCCUAAAUUUUAGGGGACGUGUUACCGUGGCCUCAGUUAAGAACUUCCAGCUUGUUGCAGCUGUGGAGCCUUCUCACCAAGUUUCGGUGGCAGAGCAAGAAAAGGUGAUACUGCAGUUUGGAAAAAUAGGGAAGGACAUAUUUACCAUGGAUUAUCGUUACCCUCUCUCUGCCUUCCAAGCCUUUGCAAUCUGCCUUAGCAGCUUUGACACCAAGCCAGCAUGUGAAUGACUUUUUUUUCUCCAAUGAUCUUGAAUAUGGUUUGUCCAUAGAAAAGUUGGUUGUAAAUAUUUUUAAACGAAGGCUCAGUAAAAUUUGCCGUUAAUCAUCAUUUAGUCUCUUAGCGGUGCAGGAAGUAGUUAGUCUCUUGGCGGCAAUGCCCAUAAAACAUGCCUUGUAAGCUGCAGUCCUAUUUUAUCUAUGGAUGGGAGUUAUAAUGUAAUGUUCUUUCU